CCUCAAGCAGUUUCUACACCGCGAGGCUCCCCAAUCAUUAGGCGAACAUCUUAUGCUAGAGGCUGGAGCUAGACUGCCAGAUCCCGCCACCUCCUCAACUGUUUUCUGUUCACGUGUUCACGUUUUAAAUUUUUCUGUAUGAAAACAUCGACGAAUUAUUUUGUCGGUACGCCGCAUUUUACCCAAGAGCUCAAAUCCACUUUGCAUAUCGCUGAUUUAUAGAGAUUCGUACUUGCAAUUAGUUUCAUUACUUCGUUGGUUCAUCAGUGGUUUAUUUCAAAACAAACAUGACUGAUGACAAGAUUGGUUCUUUGGAAGAACAAGCUCUAAAACGAAAAGAACGUUUGCACGCGUUGAAAAAGAAGACUGAAGAUAAUAAGGAGAACAAAGACGAUGGCGAUGGUAAAUUACCAAAGCCAAAGUUUCGAAGUUACAAACCGCAGGAUGACAGUCUGAAGAAUGACGUGUUAGAUGAUGCCAAGCCGGGGAACGUGGAGGAGGAAGUGAAGGAUCAAUUAAGUGCAGCAAAUACAAAAGUUGUCAUCGAAGAACUCGAUAUUAGCAACCUGGCUCCUAGAAAGCCUGAUUGGGAUUUGAAACGAGACGUGACUAAGAAGUUGGAGAAAUUGGAGAGAAGGACACAGAAGGCUAUAGCAGAACUUAUAAUGGAUCGUCUGAAGCAAGGGCAUGAUUUGGCUGCUGUGGUUAACAUGGCAACCAAAGAUCAGACAGACUCACCUACCUGAUAUUAAUUAUAUUAUUUUUAUAUAUUUUUUCACCUAUUAAAGUCUGAUUCAUCUGUAAA